GAACAGCGAAAGCACUUUCGUCUUCACCUCCAUUUUCUUGGUUCGUCUAAACGUAACGUCCCGCUAUCAGCAGCCAUUUCUUACCUUUCGAAAGGCGACGCAAAAACCCUAAAUUUCUUUUAGGGAUCUGCAGUUUCCUUGCUUCGAUUUUGCAUAAGAGUUGAUGGGCGAUCUUGGUUUCGCCGAAGAAGACGCCAGGAUGGAGAAUGAGACUGAUGAUUUGGCCUGCGAUAAUAUCGCUGAGAUCGAUGUAAGUGACGAAGAGAUUGAUGCUGAAGAAUUGGAGAGACGAAUGUGGAAGGAUCGUGUCAAGCUUAAAAGGAUCAAAGAACAACAAAAGGUCAAUGCUCAUGGAGCUGAAACCAAGGAGAAGCCCAAGAAAAUCUCUGAUCAAGCUCAGAGAAAGAAAAUGUCUAGAGCCCAGGACGGGAUCCUUAAGUACAUGUUGAAGCUUAUGGAAGUCUGCAAAGUUCGUGGGUUUGUGUAUGGUAUUAUACCUGAAAAGGGCAAGCCUGUCAGCGGUUCCUCUGACAAUAUAAGAGCUUGGUGGAAGGAGAAAGUGAAGUUUGAUAAGAACGGUCUGGCAGCCAUUACUAAAUACGAAGAGGAAUGCUUAGCUUUUGGGAAAUCAGAUGGGAAUGGAAACUCGCAGUAUGUUCUCCAAGACCUGCAAGAUGCAACUUUAGGGUCUCUGCUAUCUUCUUUGAUGCAGCAUUGUGAUCCCCCGCAAAGGCGGUAUCCGUUAGAGAAAGGGAUUCCUCCUCCUUGGUGGCCAACAGGGAAUGAGGAAUGGUGGGUAAAACUAAGUUUACCAAAAGGGCAAAGCCCACCUUACAGAAAACCGCAUGAUCUCAAGAAGAUGUGGAAGGUUGGAGUUUUAACAGCUGUAAUCAAGCAUAUGUUACCUGAUAUUGCGAAAAUUAAGAGGCAUGUUCGCCAGUCGAAAUGUUUACAGGACAAGAUGACAGCUAAAGAGAGUGCAAUUUGGUUGGCUGUCUUGAAUCAAGAGGAGUCCUUUAUUGAGCAGCCAAGCAGUGACAAUGGCGCAUCUAAUGUCACUGAGAUACCCCGAAAGGGUAACGCAGAUAAGAGGAAACCUGUCAUCAGCAGUGACAGUGACUAUGAUGUUGAUGGUGUUGAGGAUGGUUCAGGAUCCGUGUCGUCUAAAGACAACAGAAGAAAUCAAAUUCAAGAAGGUGAACCAGCAAACAUUGCCAGUGAUGCAUCUCAUUCAGGGAGAGAUAAAGACAAAGCAGAGAAACACCGCAGGAGGAAAAGACCGAGAUUGAGAUCAGAAAAUGUUGACCAACAGGAACAACUAGAAGCUGAGCCAAGAAAUAUUUUACCCGACAUGAAUCAUGUCAAUGCUCCUCUGGUUGACUAUAACAUGAGCAACACUCACCUGGAAGGUGAAUUAGAACCCAAUAUAGCCUUAGGGCUAGAGGAGAACGGUCUGGAAGGUCAUCCUCAGCUGCCACAGUUCGAUAACAGUUAUUCUUAUGUUCCACCUGCCAGUGAAAUGCCUAGACAACCAAUUAUGUUUGUUGAUGAAAGGCAAAUGCUUUACACGGCAUUGCCAACUCCCGAGCUGCAAUAUGGAACUGGUUAUAACUUCUACAAUCCUUCCAUUGAGUUUGGGCAUAAUCAGGACGAAGGGGUGCAGACACACAUAGAAAUGAAUCCAUCUCAUAGUAGGCUUGAGGCUUCAGAGGUUGAACCCCUUGAGCUGCACAGAAAUGAGAAUGAUGCAACUGGAAGUGACUUGCCUCAGAACGGGAAAGAAACGUUUCAAACUGAACAAGAAAGACUCUUGGACAGCAACCUUCUAUCUCCAAUCAACAACUGGCCAUUUGAUUUCGACAACUUGGGUGCUGGAUUUGAAGACUUUGGCAUUGAUGAUUUUGGUCUGGACUACUUUGGAGCAUAGUUUCUUACAAUUUGGGACAGAGAAAUAUUUAAAUGGGAUCAAAAGGACAUGGGGUUAUGCAACACUUGUGCUCUCUUAGUAGACAUAUUACAGUGUUCAGGUGGUUGUAAGGUUCCCUCUCUCUUUCCGUUUAACAAUUGUCGUCUACCUCUGCUUUUCCGGAUACUCUCAAGUCUCCAGUUUAAAGGAGAGGUGAUGUCUUCUGUUCUGUAUACUAUUAACCUGUGAAUAAUCCGUCUGUAGGCAAAGCUUACCGUUUAUAAUAAAAUGGUGGUGAUUUCUUUUCUAUCAGUUUGUGCCUCAUUUUGCAGUAUUGGUAUUGGCUUUUUGGAAGAUCCAAUGUUAGUAGAUUUCUUGGGUCCUAAUGUUGUCUCGUGCACUUGUCUUAGAUUCUAAUGCUUUUUAGAAUCUUCUUUCACGCACGUGUCUUAUUACAUCUUUGGUUUGCUUGAACCAAAGUCACUCCUCAAACUCUUCUCUCACGAUGUUUUGUUA